CGCGUCUCGCUCGCUCCGUGGCGUUUGUUGGUUAUUAAAAGUCGAGUGGCUUCCACACGCGCCCUCGUGCAAAAGCGCUCAUCUCCACAGCCGCUCUCUCUCUCUCUGUAGAAAUUCUGCUUGGAGACGGCUUCCAGGAAAGGCUUCCAGCAACAUUUCAAGAAGCUUGAAUUGGUGUUGUUGGGUUCUCUCAGAGCAAUUUCUGGUUGGUAUUUGUUGUGUGGCCAAUUGAAGCUGAUAUAAGAGGCUGAUUGCCAAACAUGGUCUCAGAGCAUCCUGUUCCAAUUGAUGAGGCGGCAAACGUGGUGGCUGAAAACUCAGUGAGCAGGCUUAUGGCUAACAAAAAGAACCCGGGUAAACCCCCAAAGAAAAUCCACAAGGCUGAGAGAGAGAAACUGAAACGUGACCAUCUGAAUGAGCUCUUUCUUGAGCUGGGCCAUGCGCUUGAACCAGCCCGACAAAAUAGUGGCAAGGCCUCCAUAUUGGGUGAUACCACUCGAUUACUACGGGAACUGCUUGUGCAGGUAGACUGUCUCAAAAAGGAGAAUGCAGCUCUGCUUACUGAAUCUCACUAUGUGAAUGUUGAGAAGAACGAGCUGAGAGAUGAGAAUGCUGUCCUGGGAACUGAGAUCGAGAAGCUGCAAAACCAACUCCGGGAGAGGAUGCAGUCUGUGCAUGCUUGGAGCAACCCAACAGAUGCAGCUCCCAUCCAAUUGCAACAUUGCAACUCCACGCUGCCUUCGACAUUGGAAAACCAGCUCCCGCUACCUGUUGUAGACCCCGUGUUGCAGCCCCCACCUGUGAUGGGCCCGCCUGUUUUUGUCAUCCCACUCAGCCACGAGGUCCAAGCCUAUCCAGAGGCUGAGAUUGUUCAGGUCUCGCAUAAGCCUCCCUCACACGUGAGGAGACCGCACGCCCGCUACCCGACACCUUCAGAUUCAUGGCCCUCACAGCUCCUUGUGAAGCAGCCUGGAACAGCUCAGGAAACACAGCUUAGCCUUGGCUCUUGCCCCACGGUAAAUGGGGAAGACGGCUCCGGUAAUGUGGAAGCUUCUUGAGAAUGAGAAAUGAAUGUCCAAAUGCAUCCAUCUCCUUCCAUGCAUAUGCAUUGAUUGGAAACAUGUUUAGCUCCAACCGAAGGGCUUGCGGAUCAGAUGGUUUACACUGAUAUAUGCUAGUUUAGAUUGAUAUGGGCAGGUAGUCGGAUGAUGGUGAUGAUGAGGAUGGCGGGUGCAGAUGGUGGUAAUAUUGGUUAGCAUUUCAUGAUGUCCGAGUCUUUGUAGUUAUGGACUAAUCUUGAAAUGGAACCCCUCUUUUUAGGGGCAAAUUGCAUUUUCA